AUGGAUAACAUUGAGAAUGAAGUGAAGCGAAUGGACAUACAUAAUUUCUACAAUUUCACUAUAGUACCUUACCUCGGUCCUAUUGAAUACUUUUUAUGCACUCCGUCCAGCCACCGAGUUCACCAUGGCAGGAAUCCUUACUGUAUCGACAGGAACUAUGGCACCACCUUAAUUAUUUGGGACAGAAUUUUUGGCACUUAUGAACCGGAACGAAAAGGCGAAGAAAUAGAAUAUGGACUGGUGAAGCCAGUAAACACAUUCGAUCAGCUGAAUCAGUUCUCUGAGCUCAAGGCUAUGACUUAUGAUAAAGGUCAGUUGAGGAACGAAAAAAAUGAAGAAUUGUUCCCGGGUGUGUGGAACAAGGUUAAAGCCGCUUUCUUGCCGCCGGCUUACGUUCCAGGGAUGCGAACGAAAUGGUUCUUCCUUUGGUUAUGUCUGGAAGAUAACACUGACGGAAUACCUGAGAUCAAGCGCCCAGUUAUCCGCUAUAAUCCGUCACUAUCAGGCGCUCUUCAUUACUAUCUACUCGGGCAGUGGGUCCUUCUCUUGUACUACUUUGUGCACUUCCUAGAGGUCCGUUUGCACCUCGGCUGGCCCGAAUUUCUCUGCCGAUUCAGCUUUAUCAUCGCCUUCAUUCAAAUGUUUGGCUACUAUUUCGAUCACAAUCGCUCCGCUCUGCAGUUUGACCUGGUGCGGCUGAUGACGUCGCUAUUGUUUGGAGUGUUCCUGGGCGACUGGCUGAUGACCGUCUAUGGUUUCGUUUCGUUGGUGAUUGCCUUGUGGCUCUUUAUUGCCGGGAAAAUAUGUACAUCGUGCAGGCACAAUAAGCUAAAAUGUUCUUGA